ACACACAGGAGAUGCAGUAACUCCCCCUGCUUUUCACCUCACCUGGAUUUUACAAAGUCAAAUGGAAAAAACAGCAGAACUAGUUGAUGGACACUAUUUGGUGGAAAGACAGAUAUUCUCUGAAGAUUCCUUUUCAGAAGAACACAAAAAGAUUACCAGGACACACAAGGGGCUACUAGAUCAUGUUAAGGAAUAUUUUACGUGUGAUUCAAAACGUGUAAAGAAUGCAGUAUUGUCUUUCCUUCCCUUCAUUGGCUGGAUGAAAAUAUACAGAUUUAAACAAUGGCUGCUGAGUGAUGCAAUAUCUGGAGUUAGCACAGGACUCAUAGCUGUACUUCAAGGACUUGCAUUCGCCUUGCUGGUUAACUUACCACCGGGAUAUGGACUAUACUCUGCAUUUUUUCCUGUUUUGACCUACUUCUUCUUGGGCACAUCCAGACACCUGUCAGUAGGUCCUUUUCCUGUUCUGAGUCUGAUGGUUGGCAGUGUUGUAGCAAGGAUGGUACCUGACCAGGGCGAUGGUGUGCCUGCCAACAUUACAGGAUUUGAAGGUUUAACCAUGGAUCAGAAAAGAGUUAUAGUCGCCUCUUCUAUUACAUUUCUUAUGGGCAUUUUUCAGCUUGCCAUGGGACUGCUACAGGUGGGCUUCAUAGUCAUUUACCUGUCUGAUACUAUGAUAUCUGGGUUCACUACUGCUGCUGCAGUUCACAUCCUCGUAUCACAGCUCAAGUUCGUUCUUGGGUUGACGGUACCAGGAAUAAGUGGACCAUUCAACAUUUUCUUUACUUUGGAAAAGGUUUUUACACAGCUCUACAAGACAAAUGUGGCUGAUUUGUUGACCUCGAUUAUAAUCAUGGCUGCAGUGUAUAUAGUAAAAGAGGUCAAUGAUAAAUUUAAGCUACCUGUGCCCAUUCCAAUUGAAAUCAUCAUGACCAUCAUUGCCUGUGGGUGCUCUUUUGGAUUUAAUUUUGAAGAAAGAUUUAAUGUUACUGUGAUUGGAGAGAUGGUGAAGAGAUAUGAACCUCCUUUUGCUCCAAACGUGGACGUGAUGCAAUAUGGUGCAGUAGAUGCCUUCCCUAUAGCUAUAGUGGGCUUUGCUGUGGCCUACUCUGUGGCCAAAGUCUAUUCUGUCAAGCAUGACUAUGUUAUUGAUGGAAAUCAGGAGCUCAUUGCUUUUGGAGUAAGUAAUAUAUUUGGAGCAUCUUUUCGAUCCUUUGCAGCCAGCACUGCACUUUCCAGAACAGCAGUACAAGAAAGCACAGGAGGAAAAACACAGAUAGCAAGUCUAAUCUCAGCAAUUAUAGUGUUGAUCGUCACAGUUGGAAUAGGAUUCCUGCUGGAGCCACUUCCCAGGUCUGUUUUGGGAGCUCUUGUGAUUGUGAACCUCAAAGGCAUGCUGAUGCAGUUUAGAGAGGUCCCAUACCUUUGGAAGAGGGACAAAGCUGAUUUUGUUAUCUGGGUUGGGACAUGUGCAGCCUCUAUUAUUCUGAGCCUGGACCUGGGACUGGCUGUAGGUCUCGGUGUGGAACUGCUCACAGUCAUCUUCCGUACUCAGUUUCCACGUUGCUCUGUGCUGGCCAACAUCAUAGGCACUGAUAUCUACAGAGACCGCAAGGACUAUCACUCUAUUUAUGAACCUGUUGGAGUUAAAAUAUUCAGAAUCCCUUCACCAAUAUUUUUCGCAAACAUUGAGUUCUUCAGGGACAAACUAGUGCAAGCUGUGGGAUUCAUUCCACUCAGAAUUUUGAGAAAGCGGAACAAGGCACUCCGAAAGAUAAAAAAAAUGUUAAAAAAUGGAGAGUUACAAGUAUCACCUAGAGGCUUUGAGUCCAUGGGUUGCACAAUCGAUGAGAAGUCAGAGGAUGAAAGCAACAUGGAGGAUUUAGAUCAGCCAGUAGACUUCUCAGACCUUCCUAUUCAAGUGAAUUGGAGAGCUGAACUUCCUGCAAACAUCUCUGUUCCUCCAGUGGACAUCCACAGUCUUGUCUUGGAUUUCUCUGUUGUCUCCUUCCUUGACGUCUCAGCACUCAAAGGCCUUAAAAUGCUAUUAAAGGAAUUCAUUCGGGUGGAGAUAAAAGUCUACAUUGUUGCAUGUGAUGUGUACAUCUUGGAGAAACUACACAGUUGCAUGUUUUUUGAUGAUGAAAUCACAACGUCCAUGUUCUUUCCUACUCUUCACGAUGCUGUGUUGCACAUUCUGAAUAAGAACUCAGAUGUUCCACAGGUAAAGGAGACAUGCUUCAAAGUGCCAAACUUUCAGACCAAUGGAUUAUAUCAGCGGAAACCUGAAAAUUCAAAUAUUACAAGUCUAUAAAUGUUAUUGAACAUGCAACGGACAUGUAUGUGAUAAAACUGUAUUGUCUUAGUUUUAUUGUUACCAAGUUGUGGUUUAGAUGUCUCUCUGACCACCAAAGGCAAAUACUGAAAGAACCCCAUACAUACCUAUAACACACUAGCAGGAAUAUUGAGCCGUUAAUAGUGGUCCAAUGAAAACAUUUUUCUGACGUAUCAGUGUCAAUUGGUUCAGCUCACCAAUAAGAGAUAACGCUUUCAGCACCAACGGGCUUCUUUCCAAUUUGGUAUAUCUAGUGCGUUACAUAUAUGCUUUUUAAAACUCAAUAAAUAUUCCAGCAUUAGUAUUAGUAUGCUGCUAUAACCACACUUACUAUUAUAAGACUAGGUAUGCGAAUAAAACCAUUUGAGACUCAUGAACACAAUGCUGAUAAAUUUCCGACCACAGCUCUUCAUAUAUCUUUAAAGCAUCAACUCGCUCGAGAUUGACAUAAAUAGUAUACACUGCUCACAAAAAUGAUUUAUUAAUCAAUUAGUCAUCAAGACUAGAUAAGGAAAGGUCAACCCAAUCAAACACUGUUCAUAUUUUUCUUUUCUUGCUUUUUUAAAGCAAACUUUAAUAAAUUUUGUUAAAAAAGA